CUUACGCGCUUUCCCACCCAAUCUUAAAUUGGCAAAGGGUGCAUAAUUCCGUGUUAUAUUUUUGCAGAUAUAGUGCACAUAGGAUUAUAAUGUAGACAUCAGCAAGCAACAGUGUACAAUUUUAAAGUACUUACUAUAAAAUGACAGGAAUCGAAUCACUAGAAACUUCACUUUUGAUGCUGGUGUAGGUUAAGAAGAUAUUUCUGAGCAUGCAGAAUAAUGGUGUGUGGAUUUUUCUUAUUUUUGUCACAUUUUGGAUAUUGCUCUUUGGUUUUCUUCUUGCUGGAUUAGGAAUAUGGAUGGUUGUUGACAGUUACAGUUCUACACCAGACAAACUUGUUGGCACAAUUACGGACAAUUUGGUGUCUUGCCAAGUUGUGGGUUAUUGCAUGCUAGCAGUAGGAGCCCUGACAGUGGCCAUUGUGGCUAUUUUCCUGCUGGGAAACAUUUGUGUUAGUGCUGGACAGAAGUCAAAUCAUUUGAAAAUAUAUUUUGGCUGUUUGGUUGUUCUUUGUUUACUUCUAAUAUGUGGAAGUAUUCUUUUGGCCUUCUCAAGAGUGGACAUGGAACAAUCUCUAGAAAGCAUACUGAUAAACAGAUAUGGGCAUGUAGAUUACCCAGAGGUGACAGACUUGUGGGACAAAUACCAACAAAAGCUGGAGUGCUGUGGAUUGCAGAGAUCUGGCUGGGGAAUGUAUAAAUCUUCCCACUGGUAUCUCAGUCAGAUGAACAAAAAUAUUUUGGUGCCCAGGUCUUGUUGCAACACCACAAGUGAAGCUACAGUAGAACAGUGUCAGAAUCCAGCAGACAACUACAUGCACCCGAAGACUGCACCCAAACGUGGAAGACAUAAUAAUGCUCUGUUUUAUAAUAGUUGCAUGGAAGGCGUGCUAGCCCAGCAAAUGCUGAGUAGAGGAUUUGUAACAUUGAUCUUAGUAGUGAUUCUUGUCACUGCUUCCUCAAUGAUUGUUAGCAUGGGUGUGUCUAUGGCCAUAGUCCAUAAACUAGAGGAAGAAAAGAAGACCAGGAGAAAGCUUGAACAGAAACCAGACCCAUCCUAUAAUUUUCCAACACCACCUGAUUAUAUUGAUGAGUUUAGUUUGCCUCGUGGGUAUAUUUUCAUGGACGAAGUUUCAAAUUUCAGUGAUCAAAAGUCAAAUGAUGCAACAAGCAUGUCCUCUGGGAUAGAUACCCUAGAGCAAAAAAGAUUUUGAGAGGUUGUUAGGACUACCUACAAACUUCCACCAUCACCCCACUUUGGAUGGAUGUCUUGUCCUCACCACCACUUAACCAGUCGCUGGUCAACCAUGGUCCCUCAGAGAUUUACAGACACCACGAACACAACAGCCUGCUGUUACAGUAUCAAAAUAACAAGUUCUUUGUAAGAUGGAAAAACUCCCAAUUGACAUCCAUCUUGUGUUUUUAACUGUCAAAUGAAAAUACAUAAAUUGAGUUGCCUUCACAUAUGUAACUAUGUGAUUCUAUGGUACCUAUCUUGGAUUUAUUUUUUCGUUUUCAUAUUUUUUAAUUAUUUCUAUAUAUGCAGGAGUGUGUGAGCAUGUCUAUAAUGCACAUUGCGACUUCAAAACAGAGAGAAAUGAACUUGGAAUGAAUUCUGUUCAAUACUGUGGGAUGUGCAACAUAUUUUUUCCUUUAAACACAGAAGUGCUUCUAUGCAACAACAAUGCUGAGACAUUUUAAACGUUUAGAAGUUUUAUUUAUCUCUGUACAAAGAAACCUAUGCCAUAAUGUAAAUAUUUGAUUUGAAAAUGUAUAUAUUUAAAAAUCUGAAAAAAUAUCUAUGUACUGUGUACUGAGCCCCUGGCCCUUUUCAGCAAAAAAUAAACUCUAUUUCUAAUAAUAAUAAUAUAUCAUUUUCCCAUCUACCUAUUAGAUAAGCAGGAUAACUAGUUCUUUUUAUCUGAACAUUGAGCAAUGCCAUAACGAUCCAAAGAGAUUUAGUUUAAUCCCAGCAUAUCUUUAAUUUUUUUUUAUUUUUACUUUUUUAAUAUAUUAUUUUAAUUAGUUAUUUUUCCAAGAAAAUUUGCAGUGUAUGAGUGACUUAAUAGCUUAACAUGCUCUAUCACUUUAUAUCACAAAUAGGGUCAUUUUGCAAGAAUAAAUAUAAAACAGGUCCCCACUGGUGUCACUGUCAAAUAUAUCUCCUAUGUAGUCCUUGUCUAAUUCAAUCAUUCUGUCUCAAAAAUCUGUCUAGUAAGAAGUCCUAUACAAAAAGUUUUAUCCCACUGAAAGGCAGAAAGAGUCAAAUAUGUGCAAGUAACUGCAUUACCUAAACAAAGAUAAUCUCGAACAGCUAAAAGUUGGUGUUCCAAAAAUUAGUAUAAUCUAUAAAAUGUCUCCAGAUUGGAAUGCUGGUCAACAGAAAUGUAUGAUUUUAUAAACAGUUUCUCAAAUGCAUGUCACAUUUUCAAGGCACAACAGCUGACACCCACUUAAAAAGGCCUGGAAGCUUGAUUUCACAACUAAUACUGAAAAUUUUAAAUAGGCAGUUUAAGGUAGUGAGAUGCAAAAGCUUAUUCUCAAAGCUAUUUCACUUUUUGUCAAACUUUUUACAUGCAUGGGAAUGUGUGUUGUUAGAUGCUGAUAUGACAGACAA